UCGACUGAUUCCGGCGCGGCAAUUUGCUUUGCACCUGUGUCGGACAACUCCAGCCCUCAGUCCCCCCAAAAGAAAACCACCACCACCAACAUGUCUGCUCCCAGUUUUGCGCCCUUUGUCCUCAAGCGGCCGUGGCUGCGAAACAUGCUGCGGCCCCUGGCCAAUUGGUACGCCAAUGCUGCCAGCUACCGCCAGAUGGGCCUCCGAGCCGACGACCUCAUCUCCGAGGAGAACGAGACCGUCGCCCUGGCCCUCAAGCGCCUCGGGCCCGAGGAGAACUAUGACCGCGUCUUCCGCAUCCGCCGUGCGGUGCAAUGCUCCAUCACCCACAAGCUGCUGCCCAAGUCGGAGUGGACGAAAGCCGAGGACGAUAAGCCCUACCUGGGCCCCCUCAUUGCACAGAUCGAGGCCGAAGCGAAGGAGAGGAAGGACCUGGAUGCCUUGACCGUCAUCAAGAACCACUGAAUGCCAAUUCGCCCUAUGCCUGCGGCAUGGAGGCCUGGUACCCUCCCCCGGAGUGGGAUACGGUGUUCCUGGCUCGAUGUCGACGGGAACCAAGGAGCGCGAAAUGCGAACUGUAUGCUACGAGUUUAGAUGGCUAUGGGUGGGAAGUCGUUGGGGCGCCAGCAGCGUUACGAGGCAGGCGAAAACUUGUACACGAGUAUAGACCACGGGUUUGUUCUAGGAAUUUAGACGAUCCACUCGCCUAACAAAGCCCUUUGCCUCCCUUGUCUAGGUAACCAUCUCUUUGAAGGGUUGCUUAGCAUCGACUAUGUGAAGCCAACCUAGAAGUGGCUCUUAGACGAAGCUUGGUCGUUUGUCAGAAGGCCAUUCACGUCCUUUGCUCUUUCCGUACCCGUGAUCUCUGACAUAUUGUAUGGUUUCCAGAAUAUACAGGCUAGCCCAAGGGUCUAUACGAACAACAGUAUAUAUUACGCUUAGCCAUCUGUCA